UGGGCUCACGCGCCCAUAACACCUCUAUCUCGACCUCUCUGCUUUCUCAGUGUUGUGCCCGAACUCUCUCUGUCUCGCUGUCUGUCAUCGUUCUCACCAUUCGAGAUUCCGACUACCUCUCCGAAUCAUUCGAGUCUAUCACCACCUCUCUCUCUCCUCCCAAACGACGCCGGAAACUUGUACUGUGGAAAGGACUGUCAUCGUGCUCGGUGGUCAGCGGGAUACUCCUCUCAUUCGAGCGACUCUCACAGCCGAUUAUCUCCCUGCCGGAUUACUGACCAGAAUACAUUCGAAUCUCAGGUAGGUUUAAAUUUUAAUCCAAACCUGACUUGGUCAAUGCUGAUUCGAAGCUAGGGAGGUCUAGGGCUGAGUUCAUUUAUUGCCCAGCCACAUAGAGAGAGAAAAGCCAAAAAGAAGAAAAGGGGUUGCAGUGGCAGCCAUGGGAGGAGGAUUGCAGGGGUCAUGGCAUGUAGAAGCGGUGGCGGCAAACGAUGGUGACUAGAGGUUGUUUCUCCGGCGACUUUUCUUGAGUUUCCGGUGACUUCCUGUUGAUUUUCUGAGGGUGGCUAGUAGUCAUUUGAUUGUUGUCACUUUUGGGGGGUCUAAACUUCUUGAAGCCUUAGCUGUUACUGUGUAUCCUUUGUUCAAGAUGUCCUCACCUUCAAAGGCACUAUCAACUGAAGUUGGGAACCUCAGUCAUCAAAAUUGUUUCCCUGUGGAUCCAAGCUUAUCCAAUUGCAGUGAAAGCCAUUUGGAACAUGAGGAUGUGGAAGAGAGUGAGGAAGAGGAAGAGGAUGUAGAUUUUAACCCCUUUUUAAAAGAAUCCCCAUCUCUGGAAGCUUCUUCAAGCCUGAGCUCUGAAAUUGAAGUUUUCGAUGCUGAUAUUGCUGACAGCAUGGGAAACACAUUUGUAGCCUUGGCUAUUAAUUUUUCAUCAAUACCACCUGGUCAGGUGCAAGACUAUGCCCUUGGAGAUUCAGAGCAUGGUGAGGAGAUUGUGAUGCAAACUGCCAUUUCAUCUGGAGAAACAGGUGAAAAAGAAUCAGAAAAAUCAUGUCCCACAAGAUUCAAGAAGAGAAAAGCAGUUUUGAUAUCUCAGCCUGAAAAUAGAACAAUUCAUAGAAAGGAGAAUGAUUCAGGCAGUGGAAUUGAUAUUGUUAAUGAUGUUAUCGUUGGAGAUAUAACAUAUUCUAGAGAGCCAAUUAUGGAUAUAGAUGAUGAGGAUGCCAUCUGCAAGCGCACGAGGGCCCGCUAUUCACUUGCUAGUUUUACACUUGAUGAACUUGAGACUUUUCUUCAAGAAACAGAUGAUGAUGAUGAUCUUCAAAAUGUCGAUGACGAAGAAGAGUAUAGGAAAUUUCUCACAGCUGUUUUGCAGGGUGGAGAUGGUGAUAGUCAGGUUAGUCAAGGAAAUGAAAUUGUUGAUGAUGAAGAUGAAGAAAAUGAUGCUGACUUUGAAAUAGAAAUUGAAGAGGCGCUUGAGAGUGACCUUGAUGAAAACACAAGGGGUGACAACCAAGAAGAGCGUGAGGCAGCUGGUCGACGCCCUGAGACUAGGCAAAAUAGACGCCGAAAAGCAUCUGUCCAACAGAAAAAUAGGCUUUUGGGACAGGGAAAUAGGCCAUUGCGCCCGCUCUUACCCAAUGCACCUAUUUCAACUUUCCCUGUGUUAGCACCUGAGACUGCUCAACGUUGUUUGUCUUUCUCAGGACAUGAUGGUUUUAUAAAUGGAUUUACUGCACAUCAACUGGGCCAGUUGCAUUGUUUAAUACACGAGCAUGUGCAACUUCUUAUUCAGGUGUUUUCUCUUUGCGUUCUUGAGCCUUCUCGACACCACAUUGCCUCCCAAGUUCAGGAAUUGAUUUCAGAGAUGCUUCACAAACGUGAUCAAGUAAUGUCAUGGAGAAGGGUGCCGUAUCCUUGUUUUUGCUUUUGCCCUCCAUAUAUUCAUCCAUCAGUGCGACAAGGAAUUUCCAAAUCAUUAACAGCACCAUGCACCUCUGGGUCAGCCUGUUCCUUUGAUGAGCAGAGAGAUUGCUCCUCUGGAACUAACAGAGGGCCGCUUCCUGACGUAAUUUCUCCUUCUAAAGAAAUACCUCGAAAUGGUUUUAAUGGACAAGAGGGUCACUUUCAAACUUCUGAUAGAGCUUUGUGGGCCCCGUUUGUAAAUGUGCCCAUCCUAUCUGUUCUGGAUGUAGCUCCGCUUAAUUUGGUUGGAAAAUAUAUGGAUGACGUGUCUAUCGCUGUGCAAAGGUAUCAGAGGCUACAUAUCCAAGCUGAUUGUGAUACUCGUUUUAAAAAGGAACCCCUGUUCCCCUUUCACAGUUCUGAGUCUCUUGCUGAAGAUAAUGCCGAAGUUCUAAGAGGGACCACUCUGCCAAUUGCAAAGGUGCCGCCAUAUUCUGCUGGUGUUCAACCACCUAAAAAGACAUUGGCUGCUGCACUUGUUGAAAGGACCAAGAAACAAUCAAUUGCUCUAGUUCCGAAGGAAAUUGUUGAGUUAUCACAAAGAUUCUUUCCACUGUUUAAUCCAGACCUAUUUCCACAUAAGCCACCCCCGGCACCUGUUGCAAACAGGGUUCUUUUCACAGAUGCAGAAGAUGAAUUACUGGCAUUGGGGUUGAUGGAAUAUAAUACAGAUUGGAAAGCAAUUCAACAACGAUUUCUUCCUUGUAAAACUAAGCACCAGAUUUUUGUUCGACAGAAAAACCGUUCAUCUUCUAAAGCACCAGAAAAUCCAAUCAAGGCAGUUCGUAGAAUGAAAAGCUCCCCCUUGACUGCAGAAGAGAUAGCACGUGUUCAAGAGGGACUAAAGGUUUUUAAGCUUGACUGGAUGUCUGUGUGGAAAUUUGUUGUCCCAUAUCGAGAUCCGUCCUUACUACCCCGACAGUGGCGCAUUGCUACUGGAACUCAGAAGUCAUAUAAAACAACUGCAGAUAAAAAGGAGAAGCGAAGGUUAUAUGAAUCAAAUAGAAGAAAGUGCAAACCUGCGGCUUCGCCAAGUUGGCAAACUUCAUCUGAAAAAGAGGAUUGUCAAACUGAUAAUGCUGGUGGGGAAAAUAAUAGCGGAGAUGAUUGCUUGGAUAAUGAAGAUGAAACUUAUGUUCAUGAGGCAUUUUUGGCAGAUUGGAGGCCUGGUACCUCCUUUCCCUUUCCCUCUAGGCUUCCUUCCUCAAAUCAUAGAGAAAGAAGCCAACCUAGUGAUUUAUUGUCACAAGGGGGUCCUCGUGUCAUGGUACAAACAAAUAAUAGUGGCUCUGGAGGAUCUCAACCCCAAAUUGGUCUCAAGUUUCCAGCUCAUUUAACCCAUAGUAGACACUAUGCAGCUGUUGGUGAGCCAAAUCGUGCUGUUUCUGAUACGACUUUGAGGCCUCCCAAAUCUCAGUUCUGCUCCCGGCCAUAUCGAUCUCGUAGAACAAACAGUGCUCACUUAGUACAGUUAGCUCCAGAUUUGCCUCCUGUAAAUCUUCCACCAUCUGUCUGCGUAAUGUCUCAGUCUGCUUUUAAAAGUUAUCGGGGUGGAGCAUCUACUAAGGUUCCAGCUGCUGAAACUGAAAAAGUAGUUUCGCCACUUAUUCGUGUUGCAAAUUCAGGAAGCAGCCAUCCAAUAAAAUCUACAGAGAACAAAAGCAAUGCUAAUCAGCAUCAACAGGAAGCUUUUGUCCUUAGAGAUAGAUGUGUUGAAGGAGAUAAAGGUGACUCAGAUCUACAGAUGCAUCCUUUACUAUUCAAAUCCUCUGGAGAUGGCCAUAUGCCAUAUUACCAAUUAAACUGCUAUAAUAGCACUUCAAGUUCUUUCAAUUUCUUUUCACGAUUCCAGCCUCAGUUAAAUCUCAGUCUCUUAUAUAAUCCUCACCACCAAGCAAACCAAGCAGUUAAUCAUUUUGAUAAAUCUUCAAUGUCGAAGGAAACAACUUCUCCGGCUGGUGGUAUUGACUUCCAUCCGCUUCUGCAAAAAGUCAAUGAUGCAAAUGGUGAUUCAGUAACUGCACACUCAGUUGCCGAUCUAUCUGUUAAUUUGGAACCGUUAAGAAGCAGUAAUGCUCAGCUCCCAUUUAAUGCUGUCCAGUCUGAGUCACGGGCCACCAGCAAUCGAUCGGCUGCUUGUACUAAGUCAGGCAGUCCAAACGAAAAAGCUAGUGAACUAGACUUGGACAUUCACCUAAGUUUUUCAUCCAGAAAGGAGAAAGCUAUAGGAAGUAGAGAUGUUAACAAACUCAGCUCAACAACAUCGAACUUAACUGUUCGAGGUUCUGGAACUGCCAUGGAAACUCAAGCCACGAAAAGUUCAUGUCAUCAGCGAAGUGAAUAUUCAGGUGCCCAUUUAUUUGUUGAAUCAAGCAAUAAUACUUCUAUGACUGACAUUAACAAUGAAGGCGACCGGUCUCUUCCAGAAAUUGUGAUGGAACAGGAAGAGUUAAGUGACUCUGAGGAAGAAAUUGGAGAACAUGUAGAGUUCGAGUGUGAGGAGAUGGAUGACUCCGAAGGAGAUGGAGUAUCUGACUCUGAGCAGAUCAUGGACAUACAAAAUAAGGAGGUCCCAAAUACCACAAGAGAAACAAUUGAGAGAGAUUCAGAUUUUGAUGAUCAACAGUGCGGAGCAAAAGCCCAAGGGAAGGAAAAGCCUAGUCCUUUAGUCUUGAGUUUGAGUUCUUGUGCUCCACCGGGAUGUCCUCCACAUAAUAAAAUGAAAGCAAAGACUACAGAGAGUACAGGCACAGAAGGUUCUGCUGGCAAAAAUCACCAUCCUCCAUCUCGCUCCAACAGAUCUUGCAAGAAACCGUUAUCACGUACAAAACACAUUGCAGCACAGAGACAGGCCAUGGACACACCACAACAGCAAGUGAAAAGAAUGGAAUCGGGUUCUUUUGGUGCUGUAACCCCAUUAAAGGGGUCCAAAAACAGCACAAGCAAGAGUAAUUUGGGUUUAAUUAUGGGUCGAGCUAGAAAAAGAGAUUCAAAUGUAAAUAAUACUGGUGCGACUGUUGAAAACUCUGGUAGUGCUUAAUAGGUGGUAGUUUUGGUCGAGUAGAGCCUAAGAUGGCUGUUGGAUGGUGAUUUGCAUGUUAGCACCUCUACUUGAGUAGCGAAUGACAAGGUGGAAUCCGCUCGCAGGGGAGGUCAAGAAAAGCUCUCCAUGAGGAGGUUUGUUCAUUUUUUUGUUUUUUUUUUUUUCUUGUUGUAAAUAUUAUGUGGACAAAUAUUUUAUGUAGAGAGCUGUUUUUACCAGAAGUACAUUCUUCCGUGGCUUGAUGUGUCAACGGGACUUUUUGCUCAUCCCAAAGAAUGAAUUCUGAGCUAUAGAGAGUCCCCAACACAUUUCAUACAUUCUAAAUGAAGGUGAAAUGGCCAAAUUGAAAUU